GCGACACUGUGAGCCCUUUCACUUUUCUUCUGGGUCGGCUUAAGUGAAGUGACUGAGGACCGGAAGGAUGGUGCAGUCCUGCUCCGCCUACGGCUGCAAGAACCGAUAUGAUAAGGAUAAACCUGUUUCUUUCCACAAGUUUCCUCUUACUCGACCCAGUCUUUGUGAAAAAUGGGAGGCAGCUGUCAGAAGAAAAAACUUUAAGCCCACCAAGUACAGCAGUAUUUGUUCAGAACAUUUUACUCCAGACUGCUUUAAGAGGGAGUGCAACAACAAGUUACUGAAAGAGAAUGCUGUACCCACAAUAUUUCUUUGUACUGAGCCACAUGACAAGAAGGAAGAUCUUCUGGAGCCACAAGAACACCUUCCCCCACCUCCUUUAACACCUCCCAUUUCCCAGGUCGAUGCUGCUAUUGGGUUACUGAUGCCUCCACUUCAAACCCCUGAUAAUCUCUCAGUUUUCUGUGACCACAACUAUACUGUGGAGGAUACAAUGCACCAGAGGAAAAGGAUUCAUCAGCUAGAACAACAAGUUGAAAAGCUCAGGAAGAAGCUCAAGACUGCCCAGCAGCGAUGCAGAAGACAAGAACGACAGCUUGAAAAACUAAAGGAGGUUGUACACUUCCAGAAAGAGAAAGAUGACAUAUCAGAAAGAGGCUAUGUGAUUCUACCAAAUGACUUCUUUGAAAUAGUUGAAGUACCAGCAUAAAAAAAAAAAAUGAAAUGUGUAUUGAUUUUUAAUGGGGCAAGACCACACAUCCUCUUUUAGCUUAUAUAGGCGUUUCAUUUGGGGAAAAAAAGCACUUGAUUACUUGUAUAAAAACAAUUCAGAAUAUUUUUUUAAAAAAUAAAUUAGAUAUAUACUGUAAAAUUGUAAAUUUUUGUUUGUAAUUUCAGAGUUUUUACAUUAAAAACAAUAUUUUAAAAGUUAUUUUAAAAAGCCUUAGACUGCCAUUGUAAGUUGGUUUCAAGAUUGGAGAUUUUGUUUGAAUAUUUAUAGAAAUAAUGUAAAAAUGAAAAGCACAGAGAGUGAGAACAGUGAAGUAAAGAUAAGAUUUAAGUUUCAAUUUUAAAAAUUAAUGCUUUUUAUUGAAAAAACUUAGUUAUAUUUUAAAUCAGGAGUAUGGAUUAGAUUGUAGGGUAUAACCUGUCUGUGUAUUCAAACAUUCACAUCCGUAAAAUCAGAAGGUUCAUUUAUCUUUCUGAAUCACUUGUCAAGGAUAAAUUGGCAAAUCAAUUGAAAAAGAUUUGACUGUCUUUAGAACAGAAAAUAAAGAAUCAUUCUGUAUCUAAUCAAUAAAUAUAAAGGUGAGUUUUUAAAAAAUGAACCCUUUCAUUUUUCCCUAGCAUUAUAAAAUCGAAUAUAUUCUCAGGUAGAGAAACAUUUUUUUUUUUCUUGGUACCAGGGAUUGGACCCAGGGGUGCUUAACCAUCAAGCCACAUCUUCAGCUCCCUCCCCCAUUUUUUUUUUUUUUUUUUUAAUUUUGAGACAGAGUCUUACUACAUUGCUUAGGGCCCUGCUAAACUGCUGAGCCUGGCUUUGAACUUGCAAUCCUCCUGCCUCAGCCUACAGAGCUGCUGGGAUUGCAUACAUGGGCUGCAGUGCCCAAUUUUGGAAGAAACAUUCUUUAACAACAAAGUAAGGCAUUUGUUACCAUUGAAGUAAAAAUUGGGACCUGACCCUUGAUGAAAGGAUACCCAAUUCCCUAACCGUAAUUAUAUCUUCAUCCAAAUGUCUUACCAAAUAUGUUCUGUUGAUAGUUUGAUUUGUAUAAUGACAUGGUACUCUUGUGUUUAACUAAUUGAUUUUGGUCCAGACUUCACAUAAAAAAUUAGUUUUUCACUUGUAACAUGUUAGAAAUUAUAUCCCACCUACUUAAAUGAAUGAUUUAUAUUCAAAAGCAACCUAAUACGUAAUGUUUAUUUUACUAAAUGUUGAGAUUUACUGCAGUUUCUGCUCAAACUGUGAGUUGUAUUCUAAUUUUGUGAGAAAUUUUACAUAUAUUUGAAAUGAAAACAUGUUCUGAGUACAAAAUAUUGCUGUAGAAAUUAUUUAGAUUUAGAAUAAUUAUUCCAACUAAAAUUAUCACUUUUAUACUUAAAGAUACACUGAGAUAGUUGAAGAGUAACAGACUUUUUUUUUUUUUAAGACAAUAGUAAGAGAUAAAACAAGGAUGUUAAAAAGUGUUUUUUAUAGAACUGAUUUUUAUUGUUAUUCACUGCCAUGCUACCUGUAGGUAGCAGUUUGAUUCAUGGAGAUUUGAUUCUUUGUGAACCAAUAUCUCAAAAAUAGAAAAUAAUGUUUAGAUUACUUACAUAGUCUGAUAACAAUAUUUAGGACUGCAAUGAAUGAGAGCACGUUCAUUGGUUUCUGAUGGAACGCAACCGUUUUUUAGAAGCUUCAAAGUCUUCAAAUAGUUUGUUUUCAUAUUUCAUCUCUAGCAAUUCCUGGAAAACUGGGUAAAUAUUUUUUCAAAGUGUGUAUCUUUAACCUAAAUUGUCUUCUACAUAAAAGACUGUGUGUGUGUAUUUGUCCAAAACCAAGAAUCUAGGUUAGAUUAUAAAUGUGGUAAUCAUAAUUAUUUAGCGUUAUUUAAUUUGAAGCUGUUGUCUUUAUGACAGAUGUAAAUCCCCAUUUGUAUCUAACUGAGUAAGCAACACAUGUACCAACAGCUUGUAUUUACAUGUUUGAAAUGUACAUGCUUAUUUCUGAAUUUGAGGUGGAACAAUUUAACAUCUUGUUGAUUUUUCUUUUUCUUUUUUUUUUUUUUUUGUUUUGUUUUGUUCCCCACCCCCCCUUUCUGGGAAUGAAUUUAAAUUUACCAUUGCUGAUUGCAAAUUUGCAGUUCUCCUACCAUGGCCUCAUAGUAGCUGGGAUUACAGGAGUGUGCCAUUGUGCCUGAUUUGUUGAAUGUUUUUAAAAUUCAUUUUAUCUAUUGUUUAUAACAUUUCCAAGAAAAGUAAAACAUUUAGGCUAAAAUAAGUCCUGGUCAAGUAUAGUGGAACUCAGUCUGAAAAAAAGUAGGGAAAAAGUCAGUCUGAAAUGGGGAGAAAAGAAAUGUGAAUUGCAGCGUAUUCUGAAAGUUGAAAUUUAAGUGCGUAUAGUAAAAUACUAAAAUAUCCAUUUAUGUGUGACAAUUUGGAAGAAAUAGCAAGAAGCAGUUGUUUCUCAGAACUGCUGGGAGACAUGGAAAAUCUCACAGGGCUUUAGAGUCAAAGUAGUGUAGAAAUUCUUGAAGACUCAUCAUCAAACCCUGUAUGAUUCCCUUUUAUAACAUCUUUGGUAAGUGGUGAUCCUUUCUCUGUUCACUUUUAAGCAAAUAUUCUGCUUAAAUUCUUUAAAAUAGGUUUCUAGAUAAAAAUAGAAUCAGUUGCCACUCUAAUUAAAGAAGUAUUUCUUUAUGGAACUAUAAACUUUACUUUGACCUCCUACUUAGUUUGAACUGUCACAUUCUAAAAUUGAAGUCUUGAAUUAAAAAAGAAUUUAAGUGUAUACUGAUCUUA